AUGUUGGAAUCAAAGGAUGCCGUCCUCGUGGCUACAAGCCUUGUGCUUGCCGUUUCAACAGUCGUCUCAGUAUCAAUCGAGUUGGAAAGGCAAUUGGCGACCGUUGGACGGUUGACUGCGAGCAAAUGGUGUUUGCUACUGAGUGCGUUCUUCGGCCUGCUCAUGACAUCGCUUGUCUGUGCAGCCGCGGCCAAAGGACUGGGAGCAUCCAUUACUGCGAUCGAAUUCCUCCGCAGAGAGACGCUACAGAAGCUCAUCAUUGCGACCUUUCCCCCUUAUUUCUUGUGUAACAUGUUCGUCAAGCAUGCAUGGUUGACGUUCUACUACGGCCUUGCACAGACCCGAGCCCAAAGAUACUUCAUCCACCUCAUGCAGUUCUCUGCAGUAGCUUUUGGCCUUAGUUCUGUUUUGGUUGUAUUGCUGCAAUGCGUACCAUUGAACUAUGCGUGGCGCCGAUACCACGAACCGACCAAUGGACACGAGAACGGGAAGUGUGUCGACUUAUUGGACUACUUCUAUUUCAAUGCCAGUUUCAUGAUUGCCAACGAUGUGGUCAUGUACCUGAUACCGAUGGUAUUUUUGUGGAAGGUUCAAACACUCCGUGAACACCGUUUCAGCCUAUAUGCGUUGUUUGGAAUCUGUUUCGUCGUCAUCUUGGCCAGUGUCUUCCGACUCGUUGCCGUCUAUAAGAUGGAUACCUCGCCCAAUCUCUCAGAAAACUACGCCCUGGUCUUCAUCUGGGCCAGCGUAGAGAACCACAUCGGCAUCUGCGCCGCCUGUGCGGGUGCACUUAAGGCGAGGCUGUGUUUGACCUACCGAAAGGUCAGGACCCUCUCUGUCGACCUGCGCAACAAGUCGUGGCGUGCAUCAAAGGCAGCACCCGGGUCCGGGUCGCCUUCGGCGGGCACACGAACAUCCACUCUUUCCCGAAGCCAGAUCACAGAAGACCGAACUCUCUACGAGCGGACUGGCAGUCUACCGUCGUUGCAUGUGGACGUGCCAUUGGUGUUCGACAAGGAGCCCAUCGGCAUGGUUACGGAACUGGUCCAGUUCCAACAGCCCAAGUCGAUCCACAUUCCGGCCUCACAUUCGCGAGCGACAUCGGAAGACAGUCAGAGUUCUACACUUGAGUGA